AUGUCAGAAAUUGACGAUAAUUCUGUUGCAACUGAUGAUUACAACCAUGGAGAAACAACAUCAACGAAGUCUGUUAAUUAUCAUCAUGGGCAAAGAUAUACUCUGAAACUUAGUGAGAAACAAACCAAAGUUCUAAAGGCGAUUUGUGGUACUUUGAUAGGAUGUCUUGAUGAUUCUGAAAUAGAUUCAUUAUGUUUUAACACUGAAAACUCGACACCACCCUCCACCUCUGCCACCACUAAAAGAUAUUCUAUUAAUACUAGUGCUAUGAUGAUGUUAAAAAAUUCAGAAAAAAUACGUGAAUUUGCUAAAUUUGAUUUAUCAAAUUCAGAUGAAUUUAUUGAACGUGUUCUAGAUCGUUUAUCAAAAUGUUUAACAGUUGAAAAAUUAGCGCACAUCAGUGGAGUGUUGAAAAAACUUGGAUCUAAAGGUUUUAUAAAUGCUCAGAUUGCCAAUUAUAACAAACCAUUUUAUGGACUCACAAAGAAACAGCAAGAACAAGUUAUUUUGAAAUGGAGUACACACUCGACAGCUUCUACCAGAGAACUUUUCAGGACAUUUACAUUUUUCAUUUGUUCUACAUUUUGGUUAGAUCCAUAUGGAUUCAAUUCUCUAAUCGGUUAUCCUGGUCCAGAUCCUGAAGCAAACUCUUCACGGUUUACUUCACGUCAAUUUUCCACUUUCGAAUUUCUUAAAAUCAAUAACAACGAUGGUAUUGUUAUCAACACUUGUGGCGAGAGUAGCACCAAUACACAAAAUAAACCAAAAAAAGAUCAAAUUGACCAAGGAAUUGAAGCUGAUGGAACGAAUGGAAAGAAAUUGGAAGAGGAAGAUUUGAAUUAUGAUGUUGUGGUGGUAUCAAAUUUUACAGAAAAUGUAGAUGGUAAUCAUUAUGGAUCAAAAAUAGUUGUAGGAUCUCAUCAUCCUGCAUCUAUGGCUGCCAAUUUUCCAUGGAAUUCUACAUUUAAACAUAAACAAUUUAUGUUGGAAUACACACACAUUUCACCGCUACUUGUUAUAACACGUGACAGAGAUGCGGGAAGAAUUGUGAUUGAUUCACGUGGACAACCAAAGCUUUAUUAUAAGGUCAGUCAGCAUGAUUCCAAAAGUGCCGUGGCUGGUAUUAUUGCCAGCCUUAAGAUACUUGUUGCAGCUGGAGCAAAAAGAGUUGGAACAUGCCAAGCCGGAUUAGAAGAAUUUGAAGUUAGUGAUGAUGUGAAUCCGUUGAAUGAUGUUAAAUUUCAAUGCUAUCUUGAUAAAGUUAAAAAAAUUGGUGCUCCAUCAAAUCAAAUUUUACUUGGAAGCAUGCAUCAAAUGGGAACUUGUUGUAUGGGAGAUGAUCCGAUCAAAUCAGUUGUGAAUCCGACUGGAGAAACAUGGGAAGUCGAAAAUCUUUUUGUGGCUGAUUCCAGUAUAUUUCCAACUGCUAUAGGGAGACGAAGUUCUAUAAGAUGGUCUAUGAAUGAUGUUCCUAAACGAAAGCUGAACAGAUUAUCAUUAGGAAAUCCACUUUCCAACAGUUUUAAUGGCUCAUUCAAUUUACUCAAUCGUAGAAAAGGGGCAGAAUAA